AUUGACUACCUUGUUCUCCUAGCACGGGGCUUUACAGAGCUCUGUUUCUUUAACCAUCACCGUUAGAAUAGUGCAACGGGAAAGUGAUCGCGAGGUGGAAUUAACUGUUCACGUUGGUUUUAGUAGUGUGGUUAAAUCUCGUAGAAAUUGGAGAAAAUAUUCAUUUAUUUUAGAAGACAUUCCUUUUCUGAGGGCUCGCAAUUCUGUGAAAGAGGACAAGUUCUUUUUUUCUUGGUUACGUGGGAAGCGAGGAAAGGAGACAAAGAUGCCUAAACCAGGUGGUCUCUUCAUCUUGGGCAUCGUUUCCUUGGCAGAUAUCUUUGCUGCUGCUACCUAGGCUUCUCCAUGUACCUUUGCAUGGUUCUACAAGGUUAAUGUGGCUGCUUCUCAUGGUGUGAGUUCUACAGUUCUUCUGGAGCAACCUUGAUGACUUCAGAUAAAUGUCCGUGUAACUACAAUGGAUGCGGAACUGGAGUUUGCCAUCCAACCCAACACCACUGGCAAGCAGCUUUUCGAUCAGGUGGUGAAGACGGUGGGUCUGCGUGAGGUCUGGUUUUUUGGCCUGCAGUACAUGGACAGUAAGGGCUACACCACAUGGCUGAAGCUGAAUAAAAAGGUAACUCAGCAGGAUGUAAGAAAGGAAAAUCCUCUGCAGUUCAAGUUCAGAGCAAAGUUUUUUCCAGAAGAUGUUUCUGAGGAGCUAAUCCAGGAGAUCACACAACGUCUGUUCUUCCUACAGGUGAAGGAGGCCAUUUUAAAUGAUGAAGUUUACUGCCCUCCAGAGACCGCAGUCCUACUGGCAUCUUACUCUGUUCAGGCCAAAUAUGCUGACUACAGCAAAGACAUCCACAAGCCCGGUUACCUCAGCAAUGACAGGCUGCUACCACAGAGAGUUUUGGAGCAACAUAAACUGACUAAAGAACAAUGGGAAGACAGAAUACAGAAGUGGCACAAGGAACACAGGGGUAUGCUCAGAGAGGACUCUGUGAUGGAGUAUCUGAAGAUUGCUCAGGAUUUAGAGAUGUAUGGAGUGAAUUACUUUGAGAUCAAGAAUAAGAAGGGAACAGAACUCUGGCUGGGAGUGGAUGCUCUUGGUCUCAACAUUUAUGAACAUGAAGACAAGCUCACACCAAAGAUUGGUUUCCCAUGGAGUGAGAUCCGAAACAUUUCUUUCAAUGAUAAGAAGUUUGUCAUCAAGCCUAUUGAUAAGAAAGCACCAGACUUUGUGUUCUAUGCACCUCGGCUGCGAAUCAACAAGCGCAUCCUGGCUCUCUGUAUGGGCAAUCAUGAGCUGUACAUGAGGAGGAGAAAGCCCGAUACCAUCGAGGUGCAGCAGAUGAAGGCUCAGGCCAGAGAAGAGAAACACCAGAAACAGAUAGAGAGAGCUCAGCUUGAGAAUGAAAAGAAGAAACGAGAGCACGCAGAGAAGGAGAAGGAGAGAAUUGAGCGAGAGAAGGAUGAAUUGAUAGAGAGACUGAGACAGAUUGAGGAACAGACGAUAAAAGCACAGAAAGAGCUGGAGGAGCAAACACGCAGAGCUCUAGAGCUUGAGCAGGAGCGGAAGAAAGCGAAAGAGGAGGCAGAGAGGCUGGAGAAAGAGAAACAGGCAGCGGAGGAAGCCAAAGUAGCGCUGGCCAAACAGGCAGCUGACCAGAUGAAAAACCAGGAACAACUGGCUGCUGAGCUGGGAGAAUUUACUGCUAAAAUUGCCCUGCUGGAGGAGGCCAAGAGGAAAAAGGAAGAGGAGGCAACAGAAUGGCAGCAUAAAGCGUUGUCUGCUCAGGAGGACUUGGAGAAGACCAAAGAGGAGCUGAAGACCGUGAUAAUGGCUCCACCAGGUGGUGCGACAGAGAAUGAGCAUGACGAGCAUGAUGAAAGCAGUGCAGAAGCCAGUGCUGAGCUCUCUAAUGAUGGAGUGGCUCACCAGCGCAGUGAGGAGGAACGCCUCACUGAGACCCAAAAGAAUGAACGUGUCAAAAAACAGCUGCAGGCCUUGAGCUCAGAACUGGCCCAGGCCCGUGAUGAUACCAAGAAGACCCAGAACGAUGUUUUGCAUGCAGAGAAUGUGAAGGCGGGUCGGGAUAAGUACAAAACCCUACGCCAAAUCCGCCAGGGCAACACCAAGCAGCGUAUCGAUGAGUUUGAGUCCAUGUGAGGGCUGUCCCAUCCCCUCUCAUUGCCCCACUCUGCUCCCUGUAGCCCUGAUGCCUUGAUGGCUGGCUUACAAGUGCAGCUUUUACCUGCCCUCCCCAAAAACCCAUAAUCCCUGAUCUUUGACCCCUUCAGAGAGGCUUGAUGGGCAUGGCUUCCACUCCAUCAUGCUUUGCCAAAGCUCUCUCUGCCUGUGGUCAGUCAAUCAGGCUGUCCAUGUGUUGAGCUCCUCAUAGCCCUACUCCAAAAUUGUCCAGAGCAAGUGAUGUAUCAUAUCAUUAUGAACUCUUGAAAAAUGAUUUUGAUUUAAUAUAAAUGCUUGGAAAUAUGUCAUUUUAGAAGAAGCCUAAAAGGAGUUAAAGCAGAAUUAAAUUUUAUGAAAUGGCCAUUUCUUUUUCAAUAUUUGGCAACAGUUAUAUGCCUGAAAUGCUUAAAACAAUAUUCUUCUCUCAUCCAUUUUAUUUACUCCCUGUUUUUUGUUUCUUUUGCUAAUUUAAGUUGGUUAGCAAGUCGAGGUUUGAAAAGAAGCUGUUUUUCAGGGUCGUGAAGGUUGUCAGCAACUUCGAAAUCAGCAGAGCCACACCCACAUUCCCUGAAGAGCAUACAUAGCACUUCUCCACGCCAAAACCCCAGGCAUCAAGUGGAAAUUCAGAGCCACCGAAGUCAAAUAAAGAAUGUCUGAACAGACGUGUCUGUCUGUCGAAUUAAUGUGAACCAUAACCAAAACUAAGGAUCACCAAAGGGAAGCCAUCACUCUCACCAGCCAUGUCGAAAAUAUACUUACAUCCUUACUGGAUCAUGAUUAAGGAAAAAAGACUAUUGUUACAGGCUUUAUUUAUCUCAGUUUAAGGAGAAGUUCUCGAAUCAGGUUAAAUAAGAUGUAGCUCAAUAGAGGCCCUGUAACAUAAUGUGAGGAGCACUGUGUCAGGAUGGAUCAUGUGACCUCUGCAAGAAAAACCUCUCCAACACACUGUUUCAUGUCCUGCCGGCUCACAAAGGCCAGGGCUAACAGACGGACAGACAGACAAACUGCCUCUAUUAGUGAAUGUGUGAUUGUGGGGUGAUUAUGUAUGAGGAAAUUAAUUUUGUGAAUAAUAGGAAAGAGGUGUGUGUGUGUGUGUAUCUUUGCAUCUCUCUGUCCAUCUGUUUUUGACAUUAUGCUGAGAGUGUGUUGGUAGCAUCUGCAUAGAUGUGUGGUUGUGUUUUCCAGCACCUGUGGCCUUUCUGGCUGGGGAGCAUGUGAAAACAUCAGUCCUGGUCUCAGGAUGGCUCCCUACCUCAUUACUGUAAAACAUGGUGACUGGUUAAUCAAACACUCAGUGUGUUGUUCCCAUUUAUGCAGUGCAAACUGGCGGAGAGGGGCAAGUGUUGUGAUUGAUGUUCUUUAAUUGCCGCUAGCACUUGUUGGUUUUAAUUGUCUGAAGUAUUUUAAUGGUGGUAGAUGUAGUCUUACGCUUGAACUCAAUAAGUUUAGCAGGAUAAUAUGAAAUAGAGAUGUGGCUGACACUUCAUACUACAAAUACUGUAAUUUGAUACCAUUGCUAUAUUGUCAGUAUUUGUUAAUUCUCAUCAACUUAUUCACACAGUGGAGUCUCUACAAACAAUUGUGAAAACAUCAUUUGAGUGAUUCUUAUUCUAGGGCAGUUAGAAUGGGUUGGCUGUCCCACAAUGCAGUCUGUCUGUUUAGAACAUAAAUGUCUUCCUAUUGUUACUGGGAAGAAAGUCCCUGCUUUUUGGUAUCAUAGUCUAUUUUUCCUCUAAAUAAAACCAGUAUUUUUGGUCAUGGAAUCUGGUCCAUUACUGAGCACUAUGGUCUAUUACUGCUGGUGAGAUUGUGAAAGUUAAACACUUUGAAAUAAUAUGUUGCCCCCCUUGUUUUGCUGGGGGAUGUAGGAGGAGCCUUUUUUUGUGGUCCACCUAGAACACUUUUUUUCUGUCCACCUUCUCCAAUUUCUUAAUGCAUCUUUUGCCCUUAAAUUUUAGCCAAUCUUUUUUUCUGCCUCACAUCCACCACUUACAGUGGACUCCAUUCAGUCUUUGGCGCUCAUAAGAUCUUUCUCUGCUCAGCCAGUAUGUGUGCUGUAGUGCAGCCCCAUUUGAAAGGCUUACCUUAUUGAAGGUUUUCACAGGAGUGUUUUGAAUAAAACUUUUUCGUUUUUUUUAUUUUGCGCUGAGAUGUUUGCUGUUUAUUUGUUGUUUUUAUGUAAGUAAAGACAGGUGAUGGAACGUUUAGACCCGACCUUUAUGCCAGAAUGUUCAGGAAAGUUCAAAAGCACUUGUUUGGGUUCAGAUGAUGUUGAUGAGAUGUAUUUGCCAUAGCAAGAUAAAUAAUGUGCUUCCAAAUUAUUAUUUUUCUUAAGGCUUUCUGAAACUGAACCAUCAGCAUUUGCAUUCACUAAAGGGGAGGGAAAAUAACACCUAAAGGCCACAAUGGUGUGAAAGUUGUUGCAUAUUUGUUUGCUUUUUUCUUGUAAUAGUAAUAGUUGAGUUGUUUUAGUUGUAUAUGUUUUGGUGGCUGGAUUUUGACUUACUAGCAUGGGAGUGAUGGGGGAAACCACCAGAGUAAAUUAGCAAAAUAACACUCUAGGGCUAGCUGUCAUGGUUGUUUAAUUUUUUUUUUUUUCUACCUUUGUUCAUAUAGCUUUCUGUUACAUAGAAAUAACACAGGGGUACGUUGUCAAUGAGUAAAUAUUUGGUUCACAAUAAAAAUGAAAUGCGUACUUUUUGCUUUUUUGUUCUUUUCAUCCUGCUUAAUAUUUUCAACCUGUUUUUCCUGUUAUUCCAGUCUGAAUAUCUAAACAUCUUCAUAGUAUUUUUAUUACCCUAAUUUUACAGAUACAUGUAUUUAAAACUGUAUAAAAUUAGACAGAAGGGGAAAAUGUAAAUAAAGAUGUGUUUAUCUGCAAUGGCAGUUGGAUGCUUUGAUGUAAAGUGUUUAAAAAUGUAAUCCAGUUUUGAUGCGUGCUUUGCAUAACCUGCCCCAGCAUUUAGCCGCAGAGUCAAAUUUAAUAGCACUCACUUUACAUUUAUAUAGCUAUGAUUGGUCCCCUGAGAGGAUUAUGAGAGCGACAGAGCACAUUGUAAGGUUUAAGAUUAACUUGUCAAUCACUCAUACAUUUUGCUUUCAUGUAAAAAAUAAAACCAGAAGGGUAAAUAUGCAAAUCAGGUAAGGGUAAUAAAAUGUUAACCCUAUAA